AUGGUGUCCCGCAAGGCUGUGGCAGCCCUGGUGGUGGUUCAAAUCGUUGCUAUGCUGGCCUCCCAGACAGAAGCCUUCGUUCCCAUCUUCACCUACAGUGAACUCCAGAGGAUGCAGGAAAAGGAGCGGAACAAAGGGCAAAAGAAAUCCCUGAGUGAACAACAAAGGUCUGAAGAGAUGGGUCCUCUGGACCCCGCAGAAGAUGACCAAGUUAUCAAGUUGACUGCUCCUGUGGAAAUUGCAAUGAGGAUGAACUCCAGGCAGCUGGAAAAGUACCGGGCCGCCCUGGAAAGGCUGCUGAGCGAGGUGCUGCUGUCCACCCAGAGCGAUAUCAAAGUGUGA